AUCUCCCCUAUAGGGAAACGCGAACGCGCGCUUACAUUAGACGAAUUGUAGUCGCUGUGUGGUGCGCACGCGCAGAUUUUUUUUUUGUUAAAAUAGUAAAUCGGAAAUCAUUUAUUCUUUGGUGUGUGAGUGGGUUACGUAAUUGUAUACGGUUCAUCUUAAGAUCUGGUGAACCUCUAAUUUAAGAAGUAAGGCGCCCGUACUGUUUACCUAGCGGCAGACUGUGUAAACAAACGAGAGAUUUUUGAAAUCGUUCGGCGUUUGAAUUUCUAGUGCGAUAAUUGAUUGUUAAGUGGAUCUUGUGUUUAGAGCUUGUGUUUGUUCGUUUAUGACUGUUAGUGAGUGUUGAAGAUGGGCGCGAUGAAAAGUAAGCUGGAUGGGUGCUGUCCCCCUCGAUGCGUUUGUUGUCUGGACAGUAAGUCAGAUUCCUGGGACCUCAAGAAACUACCACGGCCGCCGCUACUUGAUACAUCAAAUGAUGUCAUCAGCGGAACUAGACAAGGCGUGCUCGCGGUGCAAGGGAUAGACUUCUGCAUAGAGACGAACGGGGAAAACCAUCAUACCAGCAAGUUCAAUUUGAUGACAAGGAAUGUUGACAGAUGUCUGGUUGUCAGACGAGGACAGGCCUUCAAACUCGACAUAUUAAUGAACAGACCGUACGAUGCGACUCGAGAUGCUAUUUCCUUCAUAUUCUACGUGGGAGAUGUAGAGAAGCGUGGGCCGUCAGACGACACAUCAGCAGCAGUGGCCUUGCUGGAGAAGGGUUCGGAGACUUUAGGCUCGUGGAGCGCAGUCUACGAGGGUCAGGUGGACUCCCACUUGAUGGUAGUUGUCACCCCAGCCGUGGACUGCAUUGUCGCCGCGUGGAAGAUCGACGUCGAUACAAAGCUUGUCACCGGAGAGUCACUGAGUUACACGCAUCCACAGCCAGUGUACAUCCUCUUCAAUCCUUGGUGCUUGAACGACAGUGUAUACAUGCCGGGUCCAAAUCACCGCGAGGAAUACGUGCAGGAAGACGGCGGUUUGAUGUACAGAGGUGUGUACAAUCGCAUCAAGCCCUCGCCCUGGAACUACGCCCAGUAUGAAAAGGAUAUUCUAGACUGUGCUUUGUAUCUAGUCAGGGAAGUUGGUAAGGUCAAAGGUCGUGCGAGAGGCGAUCCGAUCAGAACUGUGCGAGCUCUCUCCGCGGCCAUCAACGUACAAGACGACAAUGGAGUACUGUUCGGCAACUGGGGCUCGGAGCUUAGCGACUACAAUGGAGGCACACAUCCUCUUAAGUGGGUUGGCUCCCUGUCCAUCCUGCAAAAGUUCUAUGAAAAGAAAAAACCUGUCAAAUAUGCGCAGUGUUGGGUUUACGCUGGUGUUUUGACAACGAUUUGCAGAGCUCUUGGCAUUCCCUGCAGACCUGUAACCGGUUAUGACGCAGCACACGAUAGUCAGGGAAGCCUUACCAUUGAUAUAAUCAAAGAUGAGGAUGGUAACACGCUGGAAGAAUUUACCAGAGACUCCGUUUGGAAUUAUCAUGUCUGGAAUGAGGUAUGGAUGGAGCGACCAGACUUAGGACCUGAGUACAGUGGAUGGCAAGCCAUCGACUCUACACCGCAAGAGACGUCGGAAGACAUCUACCGGCUGGGGCCAGCGUCACUCCGCGCAGUGCGAGAGGCUGAAUUACAGCGACCCUAUGACGUGUCGUAUGUCUUCGCCCAAGUCAACGCUGAUAAGGUGUUAUGGAAAUACUCUGGUGAGAUUCAACCUUUGAAGUUAAUGGCCCGAGAUACGACGUCGAUUGGCCAGUACAUAUCUACCAAGGCUGUUGGAACUAUGGAACGUGAAGAUAUUACAGACUCAUAUAAAUACCCUGAGCGAACGUGGGAGGAGAGGGAGACGAUGGAGAAGGCUCUUCGAAAAUCUGAAAGUAUUUUUGCAAGAUAUUACCUCAACGAUGCCUUUAACGACGUACUUUUCGACUUCGAAUUGAGAGAUGACAUUAAAAUUGGUCAAGAUUUUAGUGUCGUGUUGCAUAUACACAAUCGUUCGAUGGUGACUCCACACCAGGUGAAGGGUGUGCUGCGAGUGGACACGGUCACAUACACUGGGAAAACAGGAGACGGCGUCAAAAGGAAAGAGUUUGAAUUCAACUUGUCGCCUGAGGCUAAAGAAGUCGUUACAUUAAUGGUCACUUUUGAUGACUACUUCAAGAAGCUUGUAGAUCAGGCUUCAUUCAACAUUGCGUGCUUAGCGACAAUAGUCGAUAAGCAGUUUGACUAUUUCGCACAAGACGACUUCAGAGUACGAAAUCCUGAUAUAAAGAUUGAGAUUGAUGGAAAACCGAUUUCUCAUCAAGAGAUGAACGUAACCGUUAAAGUCGAAAACCCUUUGCCGAUACCGCUGAAAAACGGAAAGUUCUACAUACAAGGCCCCGGAUUAGAUCAACAGCUUAAGAUUGAGUUAAAUGAGAAUGUGGCUCCAGGUGAAUACGCGACAGCUCAGUUCAAGCUCACACCACCUUGGGGCGGACGGCACCAGAUAUCGGCCAAGUUCACGUCCAAGGAGAUAAGAGAUAUUGACGGCUUCAAAACAUUCAUAGUCGCGGCACCGGCGGAACUAAACGGAAUAACAUCAGCAUAACCGAAUUUAAUAACUAAAUAUAUAGAAUUUUAGCUUCAAUUUGAACCCAAAUUUUGAUAAUUACUAUAUUGAUUCGAAACGGUCCAAACUUGAUUUGUUAAAAUCUGAAUUUUAUGUUUAAAAGCCAAGUUUUAGUGCCUUGAGCUUUUACUGCAAUAACAGGUAUCUGUUUUUAUCAAGUAUUUUGUCCGCUAAAGGUAAUCUGCCAGAUGUGCUGGAUAGGAUUAUGCUAUAUAUCGAUGGCUCCUACAAAUAAGGGUCAAUGUGCAAAUUGACAACUUUACAGG